GCGGGGCACAGAUGAUGACAUUGUGGUUUGACGUUGCACGCGCGGGAAUGGACGAGAGGACGGACUCUGGACAACUGGAUUCCUAUCAAAGCAAUUUGCGUAAAGAUGUCCAAACGGAAGAUUCAGUCUACGGGAGAGAGUCAGCACAAGAGGUCACGGUCUUCUCAACCAGAAGUAUACGACGAUGAAGACUUGGAGUUUCCAACAAUUUCUCAACUUGAAGCUGACCCCGUGUCUUCAGUCUCCACGACGGGAGAUGUGGGCAUUAUAGAGAGCAUCACACUGAAGAACUUCAUGUGCCACGCACAUCUUGGCCCCUUCACGUUCGGACCGAAUGUCAAUUUUGUGGUUGGGAACAAUGGAAGUGGGAAGAGUGCUGUGCUCACAGCCCUUAUUGUGGCACUGGGGGGGAAUGCUCAGACCACCAGCAGAGGCUCUUCACUCAAAUGCUUCGUCAAGGAGGGAGAAAGCUCUGCUGAAGUGUCCAUCACGAUAAAAAACAGGGGGAACGACGCCUUUAAGCCCGAGGUCUACGGCGAGUCCAUUAUUCUGGAUCUGCGCAUCUCCAGUGAAGGCCUCAGGACGUAUAAACUCCGCAGUAAAACCGGUCAGUUGAUUUCCUCGAAGAAGGAUGAGCUGAUCUCUAUACUGGAUUUCUUCAACAUACAGGUGGACAACCCCGUGUCCAUUCUAACUCAGGAGAUGAGCAAGCAUUUCCUGCAUUCUAAAGGGGAGGCGGAUAAAUACAAGUUCUUCAUGAAGGCCACCCAGCUGGAGCAGAUGAACGAGGAUUAUGACUACAUCAUCAAGACCCAAGGUCUCACCCAGAACACCGUGGAUCAGCAUGAGGAGACUCUGGAGGAGCUGAAGAGAAUGUUUAAGGAGAAGGAGGAGAAGUACAAGGGUUUGUCCUCGCUGGAAGAAAUGAACAAAAAGCUAGACAACCUCAAGAACCAAAUGGCCUGGGCGUUGGUUAAUGAAAUGGAGAGGGAGCUAGGCCCUAUGAGUGAUCGAAUGGAGGCUGAAGAGAGGUCAACACCGAAAUAUGACCAGAAGGUUGCAGAAUGGAAGGCGAAGGUUGACGAAGCAGAGAGGAAGUACUGCGAGCAGCACGAGCAGCUGGAACAGGUGACGGAGCGUCUGCAGCAGCUGCAGCCGCAGGGUGCCCAGCUGCGCAGUGAUGUUCAGGAGCGCAACCGAGCGGUCAAGGCUGUAGAGGCUAGCAGCCACAAGCUGAAAACCAAUCAGCGGGACUUGGAGAAGGACAAAGAGCAGCUCACCAAGCGCAUAGAUGAGCUCAAACUCAGCAUCAGCACAGCGUCUGCGGCGGACAGCCAGGCUCGCGAGGCGCGCCUGGCAGGGCUGCAGCUGGAGCUGGAGGACCUGGCGCACCGCGACUCCACGCUGACCCAGCAGCUGGACCAGUUCCAGCAGGCCGUCGCCGCCGCCAAGGACAACCUCGACAAGAUGAGGCGUGAGGAGCAGGACCUCCAGCGCUCGUGUAACUCCAAGGAACAGAGCCUCCGUCAACUGGAGGCCAGCCGCACCAAUCGCAUCCGCCGCUUUGGCGAUCACAUGCCCGCGCUGCUCAACGCCAUCGACGAGGCCUACAACAAGGGAGUGUUCCGGAAGAAACCUGUCGGGCCACUGGGUUACUGUAUCCGUCUUAAGGACCCCUCUCUGGCUAUGGCUGUGGAGAGCUGUCUGAAGAGUCUGUUGAUGGCGUUCUGCUGUGACAACCAUCAAGAUGAGCGCCAUCUACAGGCACUGGCGAUGAGAUACCUAAAGGACAAGAGACCCACCAUCAUAGUCAGCCAGUACAGUGAUGCGCUCUAUAACGUCUCCCAUAGGGCUGUCAAUCACCCACAGUACCUCAGUGUGCUGCAGGCUCUGGAAAUUGACGACCCUAAUGUGGCCAACUGUCUGAUCGACAUGAGGGGGAUUGAGACCAUAUUGGUCAUUAAGAACACGGCGGAGGCCAGAAGGGUGAUGCAGCACAACCGACCGCCCCAGAACUGCCGGGAGGCCUUCACCGGGACGGGCGACCAGGUGUUCACCAACCGCUACUACUCCACGGAUGCCAACGCAAGGGCACGAGUUCUGGGCGGAGAUGUGGAGGAAGAGAUCAGCCAUCUGCAGGCGUCCCUUAACAGCCAGCAGGAGAACCUGACCCGCCUCCGGCAGCACAAGCAGACACUAGACGCCGAGAUCCGCCAAAACAACGCCCUGCUCAAGACCACCCAUGAUGAACGCACCAAAGUCAAGAACCAAUCCAGGAGGUUGCAGCUGGAGAUCAGUGAACUGCAGAAUGUGGAGGAACCUCAGUCUGAGGACCUGGUCCCACUGGAGGAGGAGCUGGAGGAGAUCAUGGAGAAGCUGACCGUGUCUGGCCAGAUGUGUGCGGAGGCCCAGGAGAAACUGAAAGUGGCGCGCAGCACCGCAGUGGAGUCCGAGCAGACCUACCGGCGGCACCGAGAGCUCAUCGCCAGCGCCGCUGAGGAGGCCGAGCCAAUCAGGGAGGAGCUGAGCAAAUGUGAUCAAGAGGUGGAGAAGUGUAAACAUCACAGGAAACAUUACGAGGAGAAACGCAAAGCCCACAUUAACAACAUCCAGGAGCUUAAAAACAACCUUCAACAGAGAGAGCAGGAACUCAAGGAGUCCAUAUCGAAGGCCUCGGAGAUCUGUCCAGAGCGUCUGGAGGUGAGGAAGUCGGCGAAAAGCCUGGACCUCGAGAUCAGCCGUCUGCGGGCCGUCAUCAACACCCAGCAGGAGCAGCAGGGGGACCGAGAGCUUAUUAUCAGGCAAUAUCAAGAAGCCCACCAGAAAUACACUACUACUACCAGGGAAGUGAAAAUCCUUAAAAAGUUUGGCGAGGUGAUCUCAGAAAUCAUCCAUCACAGACAGAAAGCUUACGCCAAGCUGAGAGGUUUCUAUUCACUGCGCUGCAAGUACUACUUUGACAUGACCCUGGCACAGAGAGGAUAUGUCGGCCAUAUGAACUUCGACCACAAGAAUAAAGCUCUCUCCAUAGCUGUCCAACCCGGAGGCAAAAACAAGGCGUCUCUGAGCGACAUGCGUUCUCUGUCGGGCGGCGAACGCUCCUUCUCGACCGUCUGCUUUGUCCUCUCACUCUGGUCCAUCACCGAGUCGCCCUUCCGAGCCCUGGACGAGUUUGACGUCUACAUGGACAUGGUGAACCGGAGGAUCUCCAUGGACAUGUUCCUGAAGGUAGCGUCCAGUCAGCGCUACAGACAGUUCAUCUUCCUCACUCCCCAGAGCAUGAGUUCCCUCCCAGUCAACAGCCUGAUCCGUAUCUUGCGUCUGAAUGACCCCGACCGCAACCAGACCGUCCUGCCCUUUGGACAGCGCAACUACCCCGACGACUAGCCCCGAGGGGUACCACCAUGUUAGGUGUUGUUUUGUUUAAAUGUUAAAUGUUUUAUUUAAGAAAACAUGAUGCUCCUAGACUUUCUUUACACAAGGAGUAGUUAAAAAAAUAUUUUAAGAAAAGUUCAGAAACAACUUCUGUAUGUAUGUUUUGUAGAUAUUUGAAAUACUUAAUCUGUAGAGAAUUGUUUAAAAGACAUGGUCCUUGUUUAUUUUGAUGUGAGAGAAACACACUGUCUGUUCUUUUGUGUUCUGUAUUUUUGUUAAUGGUAAAUCAUUAUGUAAACUUUCCAUGAACAAUUUUUUUUCAAGUUAUCUUAACUUCAAAGUGUUAUUAUACGUUCAGUUAUAAAUUCCAGAAGCAAAGUCAGUUUAUAAUGUAUCAUGAUAUUAUUGCAGACAGUCCAUAUCCCCUUGGGAGCUCCAUAGUGGUUUGGAGAUGAGCAUUGAAAUAUCAAAAUAACAAUAUCUGCAUUUGCACACCUGAGUACAUUUUCAUUACACCAAUACAACCGUGACUGUGGCACAAAACUUGCUGUUGGGUAAAAGAUUGGGUCAUAUGUGCAACCUCAGAUGUGCUUCGCACAAAUUACAGUCUGGAUCAUUUACUUUGUUUAGCUGCUCUUCCUCAUUGAUACAGUAUUCAGGAGUUGAAUGUGGACAUACAGCUGGGGGGAAAAAUGAAGAAACCACUACACAUUUUUCUUUGUCAUUUUGAUGUUGCUGAGUGACAUUCGAAUGAGCUGACUGUCAUAUUUGAGACCAAUGCAAAUUUGAAUAUGACAGUCAACUCAUUCAAAUGUCACUCAGCAACUGUAGGAGGUCAUCAGAAAUAUGUGCAGUGGUCUCUUAAUGUUUUCCAGAGCUGUAUGUGUAGAAUGCACUUUAGUGAUUGUGUAUGGUUAUCUUUUGGUGUGCACCAUCAGAGACGGCACUCUUGAAUAUGUUUGUCACUUAAAUGAGCCAUCUGUAAAUGACAGGUGCAACCUCUCAAAAUUGGCCUCACAGCCUUUUUAAUAGCCCAUUUGACUUCAUCAACAUCUGAUGACAUUGUUAACUCAAAACCAGGACUCAUACUGACAUGGUACUUGAGGCUAUAGCCUAAUGAGCAGUCUCAUUUGAGUAUUGAGCCCCAGCUCAUAACAGGUUGUUUUUCUUUCUUGUCAUAAUUUUUAUUUGUUUUUAUUAUACGUUAUUGUAGUUAUGAAUAAACUCCUUUUUUUUCCUGUGUUGAUAACUUUGACUUUUCAUUUAUGUGUAGUAUUCCUGCAACGGUCCAUUAAAGAUUAGUCGAAAAUUGUUUUAAA